CUGGUUGCUGUACGCAGCAGCGCUCCCUGCUAACGAGUUUCCCAGCAGGUCAGCGCCUUUCCGAGAGCUGACCACUCUGAUGCAUCUUUGAAUUUCAGAGUAUUGAAUUUCAGUCUAUUAAGAAAUGAACGGGAUGCCUGGAACAAACGUGAUUCAAAUCACUAAUCUGUCGUCGGCGGUGAGCAGUGAUCAGAUGAGAACUCUGUUCGGCUUCCUGGGGGACAUCGAGGAGCUGCGACUCUAUCCGCCUGACAAUGCACCUCUUUCCUUUUCAUCCAAAGUUUGUUACAUAAAGUAUCGAGACCCUUCCAGUGUUGGUGUGGCACAACAUUUAACCAACACAGUUUUUAUUGACAGAGCUUUGAUUGUUGUGCCCUGCGCUGAAGAUGACUAGAGUGACCCAGGCUACACUACUACACUAGCCUGACUCAAGGCUUUGUUUUCCAAGACACUAUACCCGCCGGGGCCCACGCUGCCUUCAAGGGGGGAAUGUGACCAGGAGCGUAGCUGCUGAACCUUCCGAGAUGGACACCUUGUCUCUUUUUUUUUUAAUUUUAUUUUAAUUUCCUUUUUUUAUUUCUCUCUCAUGUUGUCUCUUUUUGCCUCUUAGAAGAGUUGCAUAUUCAUUGUGUUGUUUUUCUUUUUUUUUUCCUUUUUUUUUCCCCCUGUCCCCUUGUCCCUCGUCCCCAAACCCACAGUUGCAUCCCUUUGCCUGUCUUUGAAAGCUGUCCAGGUUGACUUGACGCCCAGUAUUGGAGGGAAGUUUGAACGUGUGAUGCAGCCAACAUGAACGGUUGUCUUGUGUUGCACACCCUUUCCAACACUGCGACACGAUCGCCCCAGGGAGAAAAGCGACCAUGCUUGAUAUCGUAUGGUUCAUGACCAAUAUGUUUCCAGUACAGGAAAAAUCCCUGAAGAGGCAAAGGCUCUCUCGCUUUUGGCCCCUGCAGCACCCGUAGCCAGCCUGAUGAGUGGAGGAGGACUUCUACCCAUUCCCAGCCCCACCACGCUACAGAACCGAGGUCUUCCUUUAGCUAAUCUGGGGGUCCUGAAGUCUAGUUUGGACACGUCUGUGGCGGCUCUGAGUGCAAUCGCUUCGCAACCUCCGCUCAUGGGUAAUGUUGAUCCCUCUAAAAUUGACGAGAUCAGGAGGACGGUGUAUGUCGGCAAUUUGAAUUCACAGAGCACCACAGCAGAGCAACUCCUCGAGUUCUUCAAGCAGGUGGGAGAUGUGAAGUUUGUUAGAAUGGCAGGAGAUGAAACACAACCUACACGUUUUGCUUUUGUGGAGUUCUCUGAUCAGGAUUCAGUGUCACGAGCACUUACUUUCAAUGGAGUCAUGUUUGGGGAUAGGCCACUCAAAAUUAACCACUCCAAUAAUGCCAUAGUGAAGCCUCCAGAGCUCACGCCACAAGCUGCAGCCAAAGAGCUGGAGGACGUCAUGAAGAGAGUUCGAGAGGCUCAGUCAACCAUUGCUGCUGCCAUUGAGCCAGAUGACAAAAAUCGCUCACCCAGUAGAUCCAGACAUUCCAGAAGGUCAAGAACUCGCUCUCGCUCCCCUUCACACUCACGGAAAAAGCGAUCCAGGUCGAGGCACAGGGGACGCCCGUCCCAGAGAUCACGUCAGAAGCUGAACGCCUCACGUGGGUCCCAUAAGAGACGCUCACGUUCCCGAGAAAGGAAACACAGCCGGAGUAGAUCUCAUUCCAGGGACCGAAGGAAGGACAAGGACAGUAAAGUUAGGAGGGGCGAUGGCUGGGAUGAAAAGAGGUUGCGGGACAAAAAGGGAAGGAUGCUUUCCAAAGGCUACGUUGGCUCCAGGCGUUCCCGCAGUAUAAGCAGAGGACAUAAGAAAAGAAGUAGAUCCAGGUCACCCAAGAGGAGAGCCAGGUCACCAUCACCAUCAAAAAGAGGCAAGAAAGAUAAAAGGAGAGAUAAAGGAUGGGACAAUAGCAGGGAAAGGAUGGAGAGCUCAACAUCCAGGAGGAAAAGCAGGGAUUCUGAUCAUAAGUCUAAACCCUCACUGGUGGAAAGGAGCUACGAGCAGGAGUACGACAGUGACAUGGAUGGGUCGGGCUCUUUGGGAAGCGAUGACCGAUCUCCUCGAGCUCAUCUCAACGGCAGCUACAUGUGCACUUACGCUGAGGAGGAUGAUCUCUCUGCAGAUGAGUGAUCCACAUCUACCCAUAAUGCCAAGUCUGGAGAGCACAUCACAUUAUGUAUCAUACUUUAACAACUGUCUCACUUUUUAAAGUGCUUUCUCUUGCGUCCUAUUGCUGUGUGAUUGUAGGCUUUUGAAAACAUUUUCUACUGCUGUGAAUAUGCUACCUGUCAUAUGAUAUUCAUAUGGAUGAAAAUGUAAAGUUUUGGAUAGAUCUACAUGUGUGGAGAGAUGCGGUAUGUUGAACGAAGGUGCUUGUAUUCAGGUCACUUUUUUUAAUCCGUUUUGGAUUUGUUUUCUUUUGCAUGUCUCUUUGUGUUUACUCUCUUGUGGAAAGAUAACAUUUUAUGCUUAUUUGCAUCUUUUUUGGUCCAUCUUACUAAAACAAAGCCAUUAUUAUUGGGUCAUCAAAGUAAUAUAUUUUGCAUAAAGACAAUGAAGCCUAUCUUUAGGAUGUUUGUUUGUGAUUACUUUCAUGACAUUUAAGCACAAUUUAAGCACAAUUGUGAUGAAUGUAUGAACAGUACCGAUCACAAGAGUCUUGCGCUAAUCAAGGCUGCAUUUAUUUGAUAAAAAUACAGAAAAAGUAGUAACAUGUUCAGUGUUACAUGAUCCUUCAGAAAGCAUUGUAAAAUGCUGAUUUAUUAUCUGUGUUGGAAACAGUAACGCAUAAGUGUCAUCUUUCAAAAACAUUAAAAAUAGUAAUGUAGAAAACUUUCGACCGGUACUGUAUGUGUAUGCUGAAAAGUGGAAAGGCAUUUGUCAUUAAUUGUCAUGAAAAUGGUAGCAAUUGAUUUUGGGGUACCUGAAGAUUCACCCUUUUUUCAUUCACCCUGUUCUUUUCCAUCAGUACCAUUUACUAACGUAAAAAACAAAAAUGCAAUUAGCACGUGUGUAGAAUAACACUCCCAGUGAACGGUUUCAGUACAGUGCGUUGAAAGUGCCUAGACAGAGACUGUGGCAACAGAAUAUUUAACAACGGUAAAUCAAGUCAAAAGGGGUUAUUUAUUUAGCAUUAUAACAAAGCGUGUAAAAUGCAUAGUUUUAUCCUUAUUUUUUAACAGUAUUUAGUAUGAACCAGUAUAUACAGAGACCGACAUUAAUCUCUUCAUACUAGUAUUGUGUGAUAUAUAUUCAGAUGUUUUAAUGGGUUUUCUAAGAAGCCUUUACCGAUUGAUGAGUACGGUAAAAUUAUUAACAGUCUCAUUUACUACAAUUUAAAGCUUCUGAAUAUUAUUUAUUUUUUAUAUUAAGUAUUUUUUGUUCAGUCUAAUUUUCUAUGUGGGUAUAUAGAAUUAUAUACAGUACUCUUUAGCAGCAGAACUAAUAUGAAUAAGAAUGAAAUGUCUUCUCAAUUAUAUUGGUUUGUGAGCAUUGUGUGAUUCUCUGCAUCUAUUUAGAUAUACAUGUAUAAAUGAUUUUCCCUAACAUGACAUUAAAGAGGUUAUACUUCCAGUUUA